CUAGUGUAAGGUGGGACAGUGAGCCUUAGUGAUAGCUGGGAUGCCGGAGAGCCCCUCUGUUGCCAUGCUGCUGGCUGCUGUUCCUUUGAGCUGAUCUCAGAAGAUGGAAUGCAGGCUGAUAGAAUGCUGUGUGCUCUUUAUCUAGCGCUGGAGUGGGCUUUUUGUCUUGUAAAGGCAAGAUUCCCCUGCAACGUUAUCUGAACGGCUCUACCCUAGCUGGUGACCCAAACAAAGGGUGUUGCCCUUUUUUUAUACAGGCAGGCGGCAGAGGGGUAGAUAAAGGCAGGUGUAUUAAGGAGCCGGAGGCACAGAUCGGUGUCUUAGGUUUACAUGAUCCCUACUGGGGACAGCUGGCUGGACACCUCCAAGGUACACAAGACUGCUGUGCAUCUCUGUGACAGGGGCACUUGGAUUUGGCCACAACCGAAACUGCCAGACCUUGUUGAGAGUUUAAAUAAACACAGGCUGCGUGUUCCAGAAAAACAGCCUCUUAACCUGCGCUGCACUUGUCCUGGCGUCUGAAGGCACCUGCUCGGUAGGCAAACUGAAGACAUCUGCGUUUCAAACUGCGGAGUGAAGAUGAAUACAGAUAGCGGUGGAUAUGCUCGCAAACGCGCUGCCAUGUCUGUAACACUAACAGCUGUGAAGAGAGUUCAGAGUUCUCCAAAUCUAUUGGCUUCAGGACACGACUUUCCGUCGGACCCAGAUAUCUGGAGGUCAUACAAUGAUUCUGUCAAAGAUGGUCUCAAUGGUGACUUUGGUGGUUCCUCCCUUGCAGCAAAAGGUUUUCGAAGUGUCCGGCCAAACCUACAAGAUAAGAAGUCACCAACUCAACCUCCCAUACCUCCCCCUAGGAUAGGAAGCUUUCACAGAUCACCAUCUAAUUACCAGCAGAGUGAUGACAAUCAGCUCCCUGUAACAACCACACUAAUCCCAUCAGUCGUUCAGAGUUUUACUAAUAAGGAAAGCACCAUGUCCUCCGCUAAAUCAAACGCAGACAUACGGCUGACUCAAACCUCCACUAAUCCACAGGUUUCAUUCUCUAAUACAAGUUUGAGGGCAGAACAUAUAAACCGCAACCUCAUUCACCAUGAGCGUAGGCAUGAAUCUAAGGAACGUAGGGUUUCCACCCUAAAACUAAUCUUGCAAGAGAUCCCUGCAGAUAAAACUCAUUUUAACGUGCAUCCAAAAUACAGUUCUUCCGGGCAUGCACCUUCACUCGACCUCUUGUCCCAUGCCGAUAACGCGUCACUUAAAAAACACACUGCCUCCCUGUCUGUUGAGAUAGCUUCUAAAUCAACUGUAAAGGCGGAAGACAGAGGCGAAACGCAAGGAUCGGCAGCAAAACCUUCUUCCGACACUCUGAAGGUGCCAUCUGGUAUUUCUGCGCAACAGCCGCCAACUGGUACAGCAACAUGGUCUACAAAGAACCAAGUGACCCCAGUGACAGUCAAUGGAGGUUCAGGCAGCCCACUGAGUCACUUCCAGCGGCCCUUCUCCCCAACAUACCCCUCACCGCCUUCCCUUAACUCCAGCAUAGCCGUCACACAGCACGGCAGAAUGAUAGAAUCCACAGACUCCUACUCCCAGCAAUACCAGUCGGAGGUCACCAGAAGCAGCAGUACCAUCCCAAUCUGCCGGACCUCCGAAGAGGAGAAAAGGGUCACCGUGAUUAAAGCGCCACACUAUCCAGGCAUAGGCCCUGUUGAUGAGUCUGGAAUCCCAACAGCAAUUAGAACGACGGUUGACAGACCCAAGGAUUGGUACAAGACAAUGUUCAAGCAGAUCCACAUGGUUCACAAGCCAGACAAUGACAGUGAUUUUUCAAACACAGCCUACGCAUAUAAUACAGAUUCAGCGAUUUCUGCCUUUUCACAUCCUGCUGCAAAGACGCAGACCUACCGGCCUUUGUCUAAAAGUGUCUCUGACAACGGCACUGAUAUAUUUCGAGCUUCAUCGCCUCUUCCUCCUCCCAUACCUGUGCCUCCUCCAUCCGUGCCUCUCAGACCUCGAGAGCAGUCCUCUCCAGAAAAAAAUGAAUGGGAACCACCGGACAGGAAAGUGGACACCCGCAAGUUUCGCUCAGAACCAAGAAGUAUCUUUGAGUAUGAGCCAGGAAAGUCAUCCAUUCUUGAGCACGAAAGACCGAGCACUUAUUACAGUGCCACUGAAAGUGACCAGAACGGUCGCAUAAAUCCAGAUGAGAUAGAUUUAGAAAAUGAACCAUGGUAUAAAUUCUUUUCUGAGCUGGAAUUUGGACAUCCGCCUCCUAAAAAACUAUUGGAUUAUGUUCAAGAAAGCACCCCCCAUGUGUCUACUGAGACUUCCUUGUACCAGCCUUCAAUUGAAAGGGGCAACGAAAGGCCUUCUAGUUCGGCAAGCGACUUCAGGAAGAGAAGGAAGUCUGAGCCCAGUGUGGGCCACCAGAGAGCUCACAAUGACCACAAUGCAAACAGGACCAGCCUGAGCAAGGGAGGCGCGCUAAGCGCAAACGCCACUCUGAGAAAGCCUUUCGUUAGUUCUUCUCCGUCCUCUCCCUCACGCUCUAAAGGUGGGGGCGUUAGCAGAAUGUAUCCCCCACUUUUCACUUACUCUGUUCACGAUCAAAAUGCCUCAUGUGAGUUAGAUUACAGUUCUGGCUACAGUCACCAUUUAGAGGUGCCAGACGAUGCAAAAAGAUCAAUCAACUUUAAAAACGGCUGGCAAAUGACACGACAAAACGCUGAGGUUUGGAGCAGCACAGACGAAGCGGCAUCACCAAAAAUAAGGUCUAGGAGCUGUGACGAUUUGUUGACAGAAGACCACAGCAACUUCUCUAAUAACCAGAUCAAAUCAGAGAGUAUGGGGUCCCUUUUAUGUGAAGAUACAUCUAAACAAGAUAGCCCUUUGGGCUGGAACAAUGCAUUUGCUCCCAAUGGAUGUUCUACAAAGACAUCCAGGACCCGCCAUAGAUCAGCACAUGAUACCCCCGGCUUCCUGAAAUUGUACAAGAAGAUGCACCGGAUAAACCGCAAAGACUUAAUGACUUCUGAAGUCAUCUGCUCUGUGAAGUCUCGCAUACUGCAGUAUGAACAGGAACAGCAGAAGGGGAUACUAUCAGGGUGGCGGACUAAUUCUGAAGAGGUGCCAAGGGAUAUGGUCCCAACUAGAAUAUCGGAGUUUGAGCAACUUAUAAAAAAAUCCAAAUCUAUGCCCAACCUUGGGGAUGAAAUGUUGUCAGCUGUUAGUUUAGACAUUUCUACUAGUAGUUCAUGCCCAAAGAGGCGGUUUUCUAUUGAAUCUCUGCUGGAUGAAGAAAGCCAAGAAAGACACAAUUCUCAGGUACAGCAUAAUGGAAAGCCUAAAACCCUUGUUCCGGUUCAUAUCGAGGUAACUAGCGACCAAAUGCCAAGAUCACAUGUGGAGUUUUCUGACAGCGAUCCUGACGCGGUAGUUUCUGACAUGAGCGAUUUCAUCCAAAUUGAGGGAUCAUCUUUUUGCAGUGAGAGUGAUUUUGAUCACUAUUCUUUCACAUCUUCUGAAAGCUUCUAUGGGUCCGGCCACCACCAUCACCACCACCAUCAUCACCACCAUCACCACCGACACCUCAUCAGCUCGUGCAAAGGAAGGUGUCCAGCGUCAUACACACGUUUUACCACCAUGUUAAAACACGAAAGGGCUAAGCAAGAGAAAAGCGAAUCUCCAGGAAAACGAGAAUCGGAUUCUGGCCUUUCCAAAAUCGCAUUCCUCGUCAGCCCGGUGCCUUUUCGUAGGAAAAAGAGCUCUACUCCCAAAAGGCAAGCUGACAAGACAAGGUGUAAAGCAUCUGUAUUUGAAGCUCUGGACUCUGCUCUCCAGGACAUCUGUGACCAGAUAAAAGCUGAGAAAAGACGUGGGAGCUUACCGGAUAACAGUAUUCUUCAUAGACUAAUUAGUGAGCUCCUUCCAGACGUUCCAGAAAGGAACUCCUCUUUAAAAGCAUUUCCUUUUUCCACUGCAAACCAAUCCUUUUAUCAGUGGCCUCAAGAUGGUGCUAUUCCUUACCCAAUGUACCAGAAUGAUUGUGAAAGCCUGCCUCUCAGUGCCUCUUACCAGCAUAUGGACACGACUAACAACAAUGCCCAAGACAAUGCGUUCACUUUUGAAGCUGACCAGGAUUCUCCACGAAACUACUCGUCUGCAUUCACCGAUGUGAGCCGGACAACAGCGAGAAGGGGAGCCCAAGAGAGAGAGGCAGCCAGGGCUGUGUAUGACUUUAAAGCUCAGUCUGCAAAAGAGCUGUCGUUUAAGAAGGGAGAUACAGUAUACAUCCUCCGGAAAAUUGACAAAAACUGGUUCGAGGGAGAGCACCAUGGAAGAGUUGGAAUUCUCCCCAUUUCGUAUGUUGAAAAAAUUAGCCCAGAUGGGAAAGCACAGCCAGUACGGCCCCCGCCGCCAGCGCAGGUCCGAGAGAUUGGAGAAGCGAUAGCCAAAUACAGUUUCACUGCUGACACAAAUGUGGAGCUCUCUCUCAAAAAGGGUGACAGAGUGAUACUACUUAAGAAGGUUGAUCAAAACUGGUUUGAGGGUAAAAUUCCUGGAACUAACAGACAAGGCAUCUUCCCUGCAUCCUAUGUGGAAAUUAUAAAGAAGAGUCCUUCGAAGAGUGUUGGAGCUUCGCCCGAUCGGUCGAUACCUCACGGCUACUCAAGUGAUAGACUGCACAGUCCAGCUACAUUGACUCCUCCUAAAAGAAUUUCUACACCACCUCUUACUCUAAGGCCUGGCCCCUCUGCUUGCACAGACAGUAGUAAAGGGAACCUAAAUACCAUUACCAGUGAAUGGCUGUCACUGACUGUUGGCUUUUCACCUUCAACCACACCUGCCCCGACUCCUCCACCUUUUCCUGACCAUUUCAUGUCAGCCGUAGAGAAAUUCAGCAGUUUACCUCUAACAGUCGUGCAACCUGAACAGUUCUGCACAAGUGAUAUCACUACCAGAAUUGAUGACGGACAGUUUGUUCCUAUCACAUCCCCGAAGACCCCUUCCAGUUGCCAUCUGACCAUUCCUUCACCUUUUCUUGAGACCGCCAUUCCCUCACCCAUAAUUCAGAAACUUGAGGUCUCAACCCCUCCCGCAACUAAUACCAGUAGUGGUGUGGCAGAAAAACAAGAGCUAUGUGUGGAUCAGACAGAGCUGAAAGGAACUCUUGGUGGCCCAUUAGCCUCUGAGAGCCUUCACGACACUGUCAAAGCCACAGAAGCUGAUUUAAACCUUUCAGAGACUGCCAAAGGGACAUCAUCACCUCGAAAUCAAACUUUCACAGAAGAGCAGGAAGAGGAAGUAUGUGAAGAGCUGCUGUCAAUCAUCCAAGGGGGGCAACUUAAAUGUCAGGAUUCGGGGUUUUAUGGGUGUGCACCACCAACAGACCAGCUUCCGAGUCUCUUCAUAGAAGAAGAUGGGACAAGUGAAAGACUAAAAUCACCAGUAGAGGGUGUUAUGCAGCCUGUUGUAUAUCAUGAAGACUAUCCAACGAGUAACAAUGCAGAGAAAGCCACAAGUUCCUCUGGAACACAAAGAUUUCCCGCACCCUCUCCUUCCCAACUUUCUUCUAGUCAACCAUUUCAUGCCGUCUGCACCCCUUCAUCCGAACCUGUGCAUUCACCAUGUCAGUCCAGUGUGUCACACUCCUCUUCUCCUUUAACCAAAUUCACAUCUAGACAUGAGACACAAUCUCCACGGUUUAAGGCCAUGUUUAAGAGUGACCUAGUAGUUGUUGGUAAGCCUCCACGUAGUCCUGUGAUGUCUAGAAAGGCCUGCGCCUCACCAGUGAAAAGCAGCGCAGCACACAGGCGUCCAGUGUUUACUCAUGAAAAUAUACAGACCAUGGGGGAACCGUAUCAGUCUCUGUAUAACUACACUCCACGCAAUGAAGAUGAGUUGGAGCUCAGAGAAGGGGAUGUGAUCGAUGUCAUGGAAAAGUGCGAUGAUGGAUGGUUUGUAGGCACAUCGCGACGAACAAAAUUUUUCGGGACUUUCCCUGGAAAUUAUGUGAAGCGGCUAUGAAUGAAUGGUCAUCCUGUCGCUGUCUGACACCGCACGUCUAGGUCACUUUGUUAGGAAGCACACUUCUGUUUUUUGACCCGACAGUCUGAAAUUCACGUGUAGUCUGCCAACAUUUUCUUGCAGUAUUAGAGAUCAGCCAUUUUCUAGGCACUUAUGAAGCUAAUUUACCACGCUUAACUCUUUGAGAACGUUAUUUCCGGAGGACGCGCUGUCUCUGCCAAUGUCUUUGUGAAAAACCACACUGCAUUAUUUAGUAAGCUAGGAAUGUGACGUGACGCAAUCAGGAUCUGGUAGCGGAUACAUGCAGCUUUGUUGAGGUGUGUUGGUAAUCUAGUCUAUGAGUCUGAUAAAUUGCUUGAUCAGUCAUUUCUGACAACUGCUGGACAUUUUAAUACAAGUUUCACCUUCGUGACACAGUUUUUGCUAAGUGGAAACGUAGAAGUGUAGCAAUCACGGCCUUUUAUCUUCUGACAACAAGAUAAUACCACAAAUGUAGCCACUGCA